CAUCAGUAUCCAGGAUAAUAAUGAUUGUCACAUAAAAAAGAAAGCAAUAAAUAUUUGCUUCAACAUUUUGAAAAUUUUUUUCUACCCAUUUUGAGGCACCAGAAGACAUGAAGACUUCACUAAGCAUGUGUGGAUACAUUACAAACACUCUAUGGGGAGCUUUGUUUACAAGGAAAUUCCAAUUUAAGAGGCUCAUGAAUUAGAGAUAAAAGCAUGAGUGUCCCUAGAGCAGGGCCUCAAGUCAUUGCAUAUUUUCAGCUUAUUUUAAACAAGUUGGGGAGAAACCUGUCAGACACUGGAUAUGCAUUUGACAGAUUCUGCUAGCAUCAUACACCAAAGAGUAACCAAAUAUUGUCCAGAUUGGACUUUCCGCUGAUUAACUAUUGUGUGUAUAUAUUUUAGAAAAGAGUAUUACCAACAUAUUCCAAGUAGUGAAAAGGACUUCUAGAUGCUUUAUUAUCAUGAAGAAUGCCCGACAUCAGAAAAGCUAAAUGGAGCCCCGUAGUUGAAAUGAGGACCUCCAGGAUAACCUCCAUCAGCAAUGACCUUCCAAACCCAUUUAUAACACUUUCCGUGAGAGGAAGGACCUCCUUCAACCACCCAGAGCCCAGCCUUCAGUCCACCUGCUUUCACAGACUCCUGCAUGGACAAGAAGCUACAUAUGACCAGUAGUCCCUGGCCACACUUCAGCUCUCAUGGUAGUGCACAACUUGAAAGAUUUGUCUGUUCAUCUUGUCAAGUCUUUCUCAAGAUCAUUCCCAACAGCUUUCAUGGAAAAUAAAUCAGAGGUGACUGAAUUUAUUCUGGUGGGGUUAACAGAUGCCCUCGAGCUACAGGUCCCCUUAUUUAUUCUCUUCACCCUCAUCUACCUCAUCACUCUGGUGGGGAACCUGGGCAUGAUCCUGUUGAUCCUGCUGGACUCCCGUCUCCACACUCCCAUGUACUUGCUCCUCAGUCACCUGUCUCUGGUGGACUGCAUUUAUUCUUCAGCUAUCACUCCCAAAGUCAUGGCGGGGUUUCUCACAGGAGAUAAGAUCAUAUCCUACCAUGCUUGUGCAGCCCAGAUGUUCUUUGCAGGCUUUAUCGCUGUUGAGAGUUUCCUGCUGGCCUCGAUGGCCUUGGAUCGCCAUGCAGCCGUGUGUAAGCCCCUGCACUACACCACCACCAUGACGAGCACUGUGUGUGUCCUGAUGGUCACCGCCUCCUAUGCCUGUGGGCUUCUGCAGGCUUCUGUCCAUAUAGCCUUCACGUUCCAUCUCUCCUUCUGUCGUUCCAAUGUGAUCAAUCACUUUUUCUGUGACAUUCUCACACUUCUGGCUCUUUCUUGCUCUAAUAUCUACACAAACGAGAUUGUGCUUUUCACGUUGGCAGCAUUUGAUAUUUUUUUCACUCUCUUGGUCAUCUUGAGCUCUUACCUGUUCAUUUUGGUUGCUAUCCUGAGUUUGCAUUCGUCUGAGGGUCAGAAGAAGGCCUUCUCCACCUGUGGGUCCCACCUCACAGCUGUUUCCAUCUUCUAUGGAACCAUCGUCUUCAUGUACUUACAGCCCAAUUCCCGUCACUCCAUGGACACAGAUAAAAUGGCAUCUGUGUUCUACACAAUGAUCAUCCCCAUGCUGAACCCCCUGGUCUACAGCUUGAGGAACAAAGAGGUCAAUCGUGCAUUCUGGAAGGUUGUUGGAAAAGCAAAAUCCUCACUAGGCUUAGUCUGUUAAUUGUGUGUUGCUUGCAAAAAAAAAUUUUAAAACAUUCAUUGGGCAUCCAGUGCUUAAUAAUAUUAUGUAAUUACAAUUAUUCCUUUUCUUUUAU